CAUUUUGAAUAAUUCCCAUAAAACCAUUUUUUAAUAUAAUUUCUUUUUUUCCCAUUUCCGUUUCAAAAUUCUCCAUCUCUGUUUUUUCGUCUGCUCUGCUUCUUCUUCUUCUUCUUCUUCUUCUGCUUCUCGUUUCUCAACCGCAGAUGCUUCCAAACAAACAUGGCCACAGAAUUCUCCAAGUUCCGUAGUGCUUUUCCCCAAAUACAGAAACACCCAACAAGCAAUUCCCAAUUCACUCUUCUGGGUUCUCUUUAAUUUCCCAUUUUGACCUUCCUUUUCCCCCUUAAUUUCAUUUUCCCCACUUGCCAAACACAAAAUCUGUUCCUGGGUUUUAUACAUAAUUACAGAACUGGAAUCUUUCCAGCUAAAUGGUUUUGAACAUCGGAAACUUCGAACGGUCCAGCACGGCGGUGGGGAUGGGAUGUAUUAUGCUUAGAAUUGACUAUUCAAGGCUUUUUUGGGUUUUAUUCCGCCACUUUUCUUACGAGAAUCACGACGGAAAGCCGGGCAUUUAGUUCCUCCUUCCGCCGCCACCGCCGCCGUCGAUUUGAUACUUUAUAUUAUAUCGUUUCCCCCUUUUUACUUUUCUCGUUUUUCCCCUGUUUUUACUCUCUCUGUUAAACCCUUGAUUUGUUCAUCGAUCAUGUUCAAGAAUACUCGAGCUGGGAAUCCCAGCAGCAACCUCCGUGAUUGCAACUCGGAAUUUGGGUACGUUGAGACCGAUCCGACAUGUCGUUACGGCCGUUUUGAAGAAGUUUUGGGAAAAGGGGCCAUGAAGACAGUGUACAAAGCCAUUGAUGAGUUUCUUGGAAUAGAGGUGGCGUGGAGUCAGGUGAAACUCAAUGAGGUUCUCCGAUCGCCUGAGGAUUUGCAGCGGCUGUAUUCGGAGGUUCAUCUACUUAGCACACUUAAGCAUGAAUCGAUCAUGAGAUUCUACACCUCUUGGAUCGACGUUGAUCGCAAAACCUUCAACUUCAUUACUGAACUGUUUACUUCUGGAACGCUCAGAGAAUAUGGAAAGAAAUACAGACGAAUUGAUAUCAGAGCCAUUAAGAACUGGGCACGCCAGAUACUACAGGGACUCGUUUACUUGCACGAACACGACCCUCCGAUAAUACACAGAGAUUUGAAGUGCGAUAAUAUCUUUGUGAAUGGCCAUCUUGGGCAAGUCAAGAUUGGUGACUUGGGGCUUGCAGCUAUACUUCAUGGUUCCAGAUCUGCUCAUAGUGUUAUAGGCACACCGGAGUUUAUGGCGCCGGAAUUAUACGAGGAGAAUUACAAUGAGCUAGUUGAUGUCUACUCGUUUGGCAUGUGUGUCCUAGAGAUGCUUACUUCUGAGUACCCAUAUAGCGAGUGUUCUAAUCCUGCACAGAUUUACAAGAAAGUCACGUCGGGGAAGCUGCCAGCAGCAUUGUACAAGAUUCAAGAUGUGGAUGCGCAGAGAUUUGUUAAGAAAUGCUUGGUACCGGUUUCAAUGAGGGCAUCUGCAAAGGAACUCUUGGCUGAUCCUUUUCUUAAAAUUGAUGGAGAUAGAUCUUCGUCAAAGGAGAGGACUCAAAGCCAGAAGCCAUUUCUAAAUACCAAAGAAAUGGAGAAAUUGCACUUGGGUGAAGGUUUAAGUAGGACCAACAUGACGAUCACGGGGAAGCUGAACCCCGAAGACAAUACCCUCUUUCUCAGAGUUCAGAUUGCUGAUAAAGAUGGCUCUCUUAGGAACAUAUACUUUCCUUUCGACAUAGUUAAUGACACAGCAUUAGAUGUGGCAAUGGAGAUGGUGAAAGAGUUGGAGAUCUCUGAUUGGGAACCAUUCGAAAUAGCGGACAUGAUUGAAGGAGAGAUAUCGGCUCUGGUUCCGAACUGGAAUAGAAGUGAGUUAUCCAACCAUAGCCUCAACUUCAGCUAUGCAGAAGAAGAUGAUAAUGCAUCUCAUCAUACUUUCCGCUCGGUCUCCUCGUCGUCCCAAGCAACAACAUUGGGUCUCAUCACCUCCCCUAGAACAAACCAAAACAUAUCAAAUGGUUUUAGUUGGUUCCCAGAUGAUGCGCUUGAUGAUAGCAGUUCACAGUGCUCAUCGGCAUCGGGAAAAUACUCCAACUUGAAUUACAUCAGCAGCGAUGAGUACGAGACCAGUAUGAGUUCGGUCCAGAUAGAUCAACAUAACAACAUCAAUAAGAUUCACAAUUCAUCAAGAUUUUGCCCUGUUGAGAACCGCAAAAACAAGGAUUUCUUGGCUGGACUUCUAUACAAGCAGAGCCAAUGUGCGAUAGCAGGGUCGUUUCAAGGAGUUGCCUCUUGUCGCAAAGACAAGAGGGGAACGGAUGGUCAUAAAUUAACAAGGAACAGAUCACUAGUAGAUGUACAUAGCCAAUUGCUGCAUCGUUCGUUGGUCGAGGAAGUGAAUAGAAGACGGUUAUUCAAGACAGUUGGAGCGGUCGAAAGCAUCGGGUUUCAAGCACCUUGCGAGGUUUCUUCCAGCAAAAGGGUCUCGAGUAGGCAACCAAUCGGGAACCGAAGUAGCGACGUAGCGAGAACGAGAAGAAACGACGAUAUUAGGUGGCAAGAUGUUGGAAGGAGAACAUGAAAUGUUCUCCUUCAAGGUGGACUGUAGAAAUGUGGGAGCUAAAGAGCUGAUUGUAAAUAGUUGAAGCUUUGUGGUCAGAAUUUUACACAGGAGGAUGAAGUUAUAAAGAUGGCUGAGUUAUCUGGGUGAAAAUGAGAUGAAAAAUGAUAUUGUUUUGUAUGUGUAGUGUGUGCUUGUUUUUUCAAAAUGAAAGUGCCUCUCUCCUUUCAGAAACAAUCUUACAUUUGUUUGCAAUAGAGAAUUUUCCAUAAAGUUUUAGGCUUUUUGGUAUAAUUAUCUCUUCAUUUAAACGUAA